AUGGCGAGCGCGCUGAAGUCGGUGCCGGAAGUGGAAUCCAAGUCCACCGUCGGGGGAGGCGUCGAGGACUUUUACAGCGAAGACUACGCCACCGAGGAACUGACCGUCACUCCUUGGACGGUAUCUGUGGCCAGGUAAAGCGCCUUCACAGCUGCACCGCUUCACGCGUCCGUCUCGUCGUUUGCAGUCAUCCUCAGGGAUCUUUCUUCCCAGUGCUUUGAAUUAUGCACGAACCUCGUGAUAUCCCUUUCUUUCGUAUGAUCUCUCAAUGGAACUCUCUUUCUGAUCCGCGACUGUCGUCCAGUGCUGUUCCAAUCUUCUCCUCUAUCUCUCAUUCGUUAUGGUUAGCCAACGGCUCGACUUGUUCAGUUACUGAGUUUUCUGUCGUAAAACUCUGUUGUAUCCUAUCCUAAUAAGUGUUCGAUUAUCGUCGAUCCUAACUUUCUGAGUUCUCAGACAAAGUUCAUACAUUGGAUCCUGUCCAUCUCUCUCUCUCUCUCUCUCUCUCUCGCGCGCGCGCGCGCGCGCCUUACGGUCUCCUCCAGACGUCGUUUGGUUUCGCUUCCGAAGUUUAUCUCAUUUAUAGGUAGGCCGAUCUUUCUAUUCUAAUACUGAAACCAGCAUCACGCUGACUACAGCCGAAUCGUCAAAGCAGUUUUAGGGAUAGUUAGGUUCAUUUCUGCUGUCCGAGAGAGAUUUAAGCUAUUAGAACUUCGGACGUAUCCGAUUCCUAUUUUUUAUUCAUCCGAUGGAUCGCCACUAUAGAGUAAAGAUUGUCGUGGUGAUCUUCCCCUAAACGGUAAUUUUUGGCCUCAGCGGCUAUUCCUUGUUGAGGGAUCCACACCACAACAAGGGACUCGCCUUCAACGAGAAGGAGAGAGAUGCUCACUACCUUCGAGGCCUCUUGCCUCCGGUAUGCAGCACCCAGGAGCUUCAGGUCUGCGAACCAUCAAUCAUGCUUUCGAAGACAUUUUACGGUGAUUUAACAUGAAUUACGAGCGUUUAUUAUGUUUUAAUUUACCAUGUCCCGUUUGAACAGGAGAAGAAGAUGAUGCACAACCUCCGUCAGUAUCAAGUUCCUCUUCAGCGUUACGUGGCGAUGAUGGACCUCCAGGCAUUGACAAUAUCUAAAUCCCUCCCUCUUCCCGUUUAUUGUGUGUUUUAUGGAGUUGUUUGAUUAGUCAGGGUUGUUAACGGUCUCCGCUGUUCAAAUCUGUUAUCAGGAGAGAAACGAGAGACUCUUUUACAAGCUUCUGGUCGAUAACGUCGAGGAGCUGCUCCCCAUUGUGUACACGCCGACUGUCGGUGAGGCCUGCCAGAAGUAUGGUUCCAUUUUUAGGCGCCCGCAGGGUCUCUUCAUCAGUCUGAGAGAAAAGUAUGUUUUCUGACAUCUUCUCUCCCAUCGUAAUUUUAUACCCUUCAUCGACUUCAUUCUUAUUGUUCAACAUUUUCUCGGUUCUUUUAGAGGAAAGAUCCUCGAGGUAUUGAAAAACUGGCCCGAAAAAAGCGUUCAGGUCAUUGUUGUUACAGAUGGUGAACGCAUCUUGGGCCUUGGAGAUCUCGGAUGUCAGGUUGUCAUCCUCUUGUCAAUAUGACUGUGUGGACGCAAUAAAACAAUGUCCAUUAACCAUUCUAGCAAAUGACCAUGAGUUAAAAUUUUUCUAGGGGAUGGGAAUCCCUGUGGGGAAACUCGCUCUGUAUACAGCCCUCGGUGGUGUACGCCCCUCAGCAGUAAGCAUUUUUUUUUAUUUAGGCUAUAAUUCAUCUCUCCAUAAACUUCAUUAUCUGUCCUAUUAUCCUUCAUGCUUACUCGUGAGAGGUCCCGGUGAUUUUUUUUGAAUCUGAGGAUUGUACUUUAUUUUCAGUGUUUACCUGUAACGAUUGAUGUUGGAACUAAUAACGAAGAAUUGCUAAAUAACGAAUUUUACAUUGGGCUCAGGCAGAGGAGGGCCACUGGACAGGUUGGCUUACCAUACUACGCUGAUUCAUGAACCCUUAAAACAUAAAUGUCAUCUAACUUAAAAGUAGUUGGUUUUGAUGUUCGAUGUGUCAAUGUAGGAGUAUGACGAACUUCUGGACGAAUUCAUGACCGCUGUUAAGCAGAACUAUGGGGAGAAGGUCCUCAUACAGGUUUGUUUAUUUUAUCAGACUCACUUGGCUACUGGAUCUCAGUAUCUUCUAGUUCGUCGGCGCGUUAUUUAACCAAAAUAGACUGCGGUUUCCAGUUUGAAGACUUCGCCAAUCACAAUGCAUUUGAGCUGCUUGCGAAGUAUCGUACCACUCAUCUCGUCUUCAACGAUGAUAUCCAGGUAGUGUAAACGGAGGUCUUUGUCCCUUAAGAUGAUUUGAUGUUUAUGUUUGUUGCUUCAGUGAGACUUGUGCACUUUCGUAGCUACAUAUUCUUGUUUCCCGGUGGACAUGAAUCUCAGUUAGUUAAUUAUAUGUGUUUGCAGGGAACUGCUUCUGUGGUCCUCGCUGGAAUAGUUGCAGCCCUGCAAGUCAUCGGUGGAACAUUGGCUGAGCACACCUUCUUGUUCCUUGGUGCUGGAGAGGUUAGUUUCUUUCUACAUGCCUUCUCUGAUAUAAUUAAUAUUAAACUUGUACACAAUCACUCCUCGUUCCGUCCAUCCAUUCUGAUAGUUGCGAUUUCUAGCUUGUAUGGUCGAGCAUUUUCAAAGUUUCCCCCAUUGCCUGGUUACGCUACACAUAGUCUUGGGAUCAUCCUUGUAGGAUCGAGCUCAAAGAGUUUUCGGAGUUUUGAAACUUUUUUUUUUUUUUUUUUGGAUUGAUUGAGUGUCUGUUGCUCUUCCUGAAUAUUUCUGUCUUUUGCUUUUCUAUGCAUUGCGGGCAGGCUGGCACUGGUAUAGCAGAGCUUAUAGCCCUCGAGAUGUCAAAGCAGGUACGAUAGAUGAAAUUUCCAGAUUGCCUGUCAAGUGGUGUAGAAUUUUCUGUACUACCUGAGCGAGGUUAAAUAUGAAUUUCAUCUCUUAUUUUGUUUCUUUGGUAGACUAAGGCUCCUUUGGAAGAGUCUCGCAAGAGGAUUUGGCUUGUGGACUCAAAGGUACAUGAAAAGUCACGAAUUAAUUUCUUUCAUGUCUAAAAUUUUUAUCUUAGUGUUUGAGCAUUUUUGCAGGGACUGAUUGUUAGCUCCCGUAAGGAAUCACUUCAGCACUUUAAGAAACCUUGGGCUCAUGAGCACGAGCCCGUCAAGGGGCUUUUAGACGCCGUGAAGGUGAGGACUCCCCCACAAAUUUUUUUAUGUAGCUUAUUAGGCUAUGCUCUCAUCCUCAACAAGAACUUCCCUUUUGUUAAUAUAUCCCGAUCCACGUGUUUUUUAGUAAUGUGAUCUGUUUAUUUGUUCUCUAAUGUUUUCAGAUUAUUUAUGUUUACCGAAAAAUCUCGUAAAGUGGAUAGAUAUAAUAUCUGUACAUUUCCAAACAUUAUCUGUCCGUUCAACUUUGGCCUGUGAUCUCAUGGGACUUGUCAUGUUAUCUCUCGUUCUGUAGUCAGUCAAACCAACCAUCCUGAUUGGAUCAUCCGGGGUGGGGAAGACAUUCACCAAGGAGGUGGUCGAGGCCAUGGCCUCUUUUAACAAGGUCGAAAUCUCCCCUCCUUUUUCUUGCCCUUCCCCCCCUCUUCUAUUCUUAUGUCUGGAAUUUUCCCCGGGAAGCGAUUUCUCAAUUCCCUCCGACGAACUGCAGAGGCCCGUAAUCCUCGCGCUCUCAAACCCGACGUCGCAGUCCGAAUGCACGGCCGAGGAGGCGUACACGUGGAGCGAGGUCCGUCUAGAACGCAAGCAUAAUAAUCCUCUCUCCAUUGUUCUCACCUCGAGCACGACCUGAGUCCAAUUAAUCUGCAUCUUCUUCCUUCUGCAGGGCCGGGCGAUUUUCGCCAGCGGAAGUCCAUUCGACCCAGUCGUGUACAAGGGAAAGACCUUCGUUCCCGGGCAGGUACGCCCCCCCCCGCCGAUUCCCCCCCCCCCCCCCCCCCCAACAAACCGGGCAUUCCCCUCUUGACACCCCCAUUCAUCCAUCCGUCCAGGCCAACAACGCGUACAUCUUCCCCGGCUUCGGCCUGGGCCUGGUCAUCUCGGGGGCCAUUCGCGUCCACGACGACAUGCUUCUCACCGCCGGUACGCAUCCCUUCAAAAUAAAUAACCUAUGAUGCUAAAAAAAAGCCAAGCGAAGAAGACCCGAUUGGUCUGAUUCUUCUUCGUCCGUUGAUGCCUUUUCCCUAGCGGAGGCGCUGGCUAAACAGGUGAACCAGGAGAACUUCGACAAGGGGCUCAUCUACCCGCCCUUCUCAAACAUCCGAAAAAUAUCCGCCCACAUCGCCGCCAGCGUCGCCGCCAAGGCGUACGACCUAGGUGGGCCCCUCCUCCUCCUCCUCCUCCCGUCAACCCUCUUCGUUGACUUCUCUUAUGUGGUUGGUUGCCGUUUGCGUGAGACAGGCCUGGCCUCCCGCCUCCCCCGCCCUGCGGACCUGGUGAAGCACGCCGAGAGCUGCAUGUACAGCCCCACCUACCGCAGCUACCGCUAA